ACGGCUAUGGACUUAUCCAGCUUUCUUAAUCGGGCAGCUACAAAUGUAAAUCCACAAGCGGCUGCUAUGGCUGCCGCGGCCGUGAUGAAUAAAUUGAAUCAGGUCGCAGCAGUUGCUGCUGCUUCUGGAAGCCCUGAUGUGCUGGCUGCCGCUCAGCAACAUAAGCUUCAUCUUGAGGCUGUUUUGACUGCACUUCAAAGGCAAACCCAUCACCAGCAACAGCAAACUCAGUCACAACACCAACACCAGCAACAAUCACCGCAUCAACAGGCUCUCGCUUUACAGGGUCCAAUAAAGAAACAAGUACAGGUACAACAACUACAAUUAAUUCAACAGCAACAACAACAGCAGCAGCAGCAACAACAGGCAAUUCAAAAUAUUUCCAUUAAUUCAAGUCUCUCAGGCGAGUUUUUUCAAACGUUAUUUCUCAUGAUCAACUAG